UUUUACUACGAAAAUUUUUUGUGAUUUCGGAAGGUCAAUCAUCUAUCACUGUUUUGAUGAAUAAUAUCUUGGAACAUUCAUAAUUUUGGCGGUAUCAUGGCUUAUUGCAGAAAGCUUAACAAAAACAAAAAUUACGGGAACUGCCAUUCUUUGAACGGACUAUUUGUACUGGUUUUUACAAUGAUUUUGAUGUUUGAAUCAGUUAGUAGUACAUUGGAAACGGAUUCAAAUAAUACCAGUUGUUCAAAUGCACUAACAUGCACUAAAUGUACAAUCAAAGCUCAAUGCAAAUGGUCUCUAAAACAACAGAAAUGUAUAAAAAAGAUAAAUGUUUCAAAUUUAAUAGCCUCAACUAUUGGGGAGUGUCCACAGUUUUCAGUUGAUAGACACUACAGUUAUAAUAAUUUUUAUGGUUUUGCUGAUUUUAAUUACACUUUAAAGGUAUCAAACGAUUCAGUAGGUUUUAAGAAUUAUCUUCGAACCAGUACAAUUUAUUUGCAUACAAUGUCAUCCAGUUUUAGUCCCACGUUUGAUAAAGAAAAAAAUAAUUUUUUUUUUUCAAUAGCUUUUUGGGAAAUAUCACACAAAGUAUUCAAUCAGCCGUUCACUGAAUUUUUUUUUAUUAAGUUCAAUAAGGUCAUUUUGCGGUUCGACAACGUCGCCGAUCAUUAUGUUACGUUUUAUAGACGUAAUCAAUGUGCCGACCACGAGAAGGACAAAUUCUGUGCGAUUUGUGCAUGGAACUACAACGGGUAUUUUAACUAUUUGAAAUGGUGUUCGAAGGACAACGUCUGUGUGGGUCGAAAGCUGUUGUACCUGAAGAACAACGCCGAAGAAUUAUUAAAAGAAUAUAGAAUAUUAGAUUUUGACGACCGGAUUGAAGAAGCCUACGUGACGAACGACUGUCCUGAAGUAAACGUGAUAGCGGUCAAUCCGCUGUCUGGACCACGUAGUGGUGGAACGGUGGUAACGGUCACAGUUAGAAACCACAUGAUACUUGCGGAGGACAUGACGAUACAGGUGAUAGUGGCAGGAAUGGUGUGCAUGAACCCCAGAACAUCAGGACCCGAGACGAUCACUUGCACCACGUCACUAUGGGUAACCGACAACGAAGAACCACCGACCCCCGGUUCAAUCCUAGUCAAAUACUCGUCAGACAAAGGUAGAUUAACGAUCAAAUCAUCGCAGAUAUUUCAGUAUGACGUCCAUCCAACUUGUGGCUCACCCAGACCCGUACUGAACGCGAAUCAGCGACUUAGAGCUUUAGAAUCGGGAGACAUCACUGUGCCGGUGCGUGGUAUUCGUUUCGUCAAACCAUGUGUUGUAUCCUCCGCCCAACUCUUCGUCGUGCUGACAAAUGGUACUAUGCAGUUCGCGUCCAGUUAUUGUGAUAUACCGGUCAACGAUACGUACAUGGUCUGUCGGUCGCCGAGAGUUGACAGUCGUGUAUGGCGUAACGCAUAUUCGUUUGAUGAAGGAAUCUUAUUGGAUUUCGGGCUGAAUGUGACGAAUUUCAUCGGAAAUCAGUCGCUGUUGGUGAAAGGGCCGCCACACGGUUUUCACUUACUCCUCGAUCCGGUGCUAGUGGAUUUUUAUAUAAUAAAUAGUACUGGUUCAAUAGAAUUCAACGGGCGCUACUUGAAUAACUUGCAGUCCGACGUCAUCCUGAUAAGGCUCCCAAAAUCAUCGGCGAUGAGUUGCGAAUCUGUGCUGGACUGCGCAGUUGUGGCGUGUUGCGAAAAUGUGGUGAUUUCAGAACAACGUAUAAUAUGCAAGCCGAACGUGACCAUCGCUUCAGCUGCCACUACAUCGCACAACAUCUUGGUCACGAUCGACGACCAAUUGUCGUACACCGUGCCCAAUAGAUUUCCACCCCCCGAUUUUACUGACUGGUUCCGUAUUAUCAUCAGGUGGUCAACGUGUCUGUUACUUGUUUUCGCGAUGGUUUUUUAUAUAAAGACUGAAAAUAAGUACGGCUUGACGAAAACUGUUGGUGACCCACUGGUGUCUUCCACGAGAUCACAAACUGGCGGACACUACGAUAUAGUUUUAAAUAGUUAA